AUGGACCAGGAAACCCUGGGAAGCAUUGUCCUGCUUGCCAUUGUCACCUUGAUAAGCGUUGUCCAGAAUGCUUUUUUUGCUAGCAAACUGGAGCAUGAAAGCAAACACUGCAACGGCAAGGGACUCCAGCGGCUGGGAUCCUCUGCUUUUGACCGUGUCUACACUGCCAACCAAAACUGUGGACAUGCAUACCCUACGUUUCUUGCUGUGCUUUGGUGUGCUGGACUUCUCUGCAGCCAAGCUCCUGCUGCUUUUGCUGGCCUGAUGUACUUGUUUGUGAGGCAGAAGUACUUUGUGGGCUACCUUGGGGAAAGGACUCAGAGCACUCCUGGCUACUUGUUUGGAAAGCGCAUCAUUUUGUUCCUGUUCCUCAUGUCCCUGGCUGGAAUACUCAACUACUAUCUCAUCUUCUUUUUUGGAAGUGACUUUGAAAUACACAUAAAAACGAUAACCAGUGCAAUCUCUCCAUUGCUGCUCAUCCCCUAA